CAUAAGUGAGACACUACAGUUUGACGAGCGAACUCCACUGCCCAGCAGCAUCACAGCCAGUUAUUCCGUCUUCCAUUUCUGUCUCGAUUAAUUCCACUUCUCUUUGUGAUUGAAAUUAUCACGAUGGGCUCGUCGAUGAAGUUAUUCACUUUUACGUUUGUAUUGCUAGCCUUAAUCGAGCUAGGCUUCGGAGGUAUUUGUCGCAGUCCAAGUGAUUAUAAAGGUAAAGUCGUACCCGAUCAAUUUGGUGGAAACCGAGGUGAAUGCGUAUCCCUUUAUAAGACAUGUUCUGGAGAUCAUCGUGUGACUACGUCAUGGAGAAGAGGAGUACAAGUGAAAAAUAAUAGAAAUAUACCAUACGGUACGGGAAUAGCAUCUUUCACCAAUGGAGAUCGUUACGUCGGGAGUAAUUGUGGCAAACCAUUGCCUUGUGGUCACGUUGCGAUUUAUGUUGGUCAGAAUUCACAGGGGAUCCAAGUCUGGGAUCAAUGGUCUAGUAAAAAUGUUAGCCAACGUACACUUGAUUUUGGUGGGAAGGGCUCCAGUAACGACGGAAAUCAAUUCUAUGUCAUCAACUAAACUGAUUUCCAUUAAGAUGUUUAAACCCAAGCCUACGAAAAUGUUGUAGACCAUUUACCUUCUUGUAGUCGUUUUACCUAGCUGAACCCGGGAAUCCAAAGGAUAGUGCAUUAGUGCAAUGACUGUCAUCUUACCUGCUUGUGUAGUGUUAAAGAAUAUAAUACAUAAUAUGAUAGAGCAUUGAA